AGAUCCACAUUUAGGCAGCUAACUGAUAUUUUCUGUUAUCUCUGCUGCGUUUCAUUGAAACCAACCACACACUUUGAUUUGACAGGACCUGGUCCAUUCCCUGCCAUUCUAGACGUGCCUCACUUGGGUGCUGGUUUGACAGAAGUACGGGCAAGCCUGUUGGCGAAUAAAGGAUACGUGGUCAUGGCUUUGGCUUAUCAUGGUUAUCAGGAUUUGCCAAAAGUCUUGGACAAACUUCGUCUUGAGUACUUUGAGGAGGCUGUGGCAUUCUUACGCUCUCACCCCAAGGUGAAGGGACCAGGCAUAGGCAUAUUGUCCAUCUCCAAGAGUGGCGAUCUGGCACUGGCGAUGUCCGCAUUCCUUCCCGGAGUUGCAGCAGUUGUUACCAUCAACGGGUGCAACGCCAACGUACAGUACCCACUUCACUACAAAGACAAGGUCAUCCCUCCGACCAAAGUGGACCUGGCAAAAAUCACCGUCAGGGAGGACGACGGCCUCAUGGAUGUGAGGGAUUCAAUUCUGGACCCUUUCAUCCAGGGGAACGAGGCUUCCGUCAUACCCAUCGAACGUGCAAGUUGCCGCUUCUUGUUUGCUGCCGCUGAAGACGACAGGAACUGGAACAGUCUAUUGUUCAGUCAACAGGCAGCGCAGCGGCUGAGGGAUCAUGGGAAGGACAACUUUGAGGUGGUGCACUACCCUAAGGCAGGCCACUUCCUGGAUGUGCCCUUCAUGCCGCACUGCCCA